AUGGCGUCCAACGAAGCAACCGCGUUGGAUGAACAAGCCCAGAUGGUGGAAAUGGUAACAGGUUUCGAGAACCGCGCCGUUAUCGUGAAUGCUCUACGGGAGAACCAUGGCAAUGUCGAUACCGUCGUCAACGAAUAUCUUGACGAUCCCGCUAAGUUCGGGCGCAAGUAUGGCUGGGACGAAACCGCAUUUUCCGCCGGCCGCGAUGGCGACGAGUCGGCUGCCAAUAACCCGAAUGUUCCCUCUUUUACGAUAAACUCGCCGCCCGUACUUUAUGGAACCGACCCGAGUUUCUAUGGGGGACCUUCGCGGCCCCCGUCGAGAGCCAAUAACCGAUCGCCGCUGAGUCGUUUAGUCGAGAGUGCCGCAGGCGGCCAGUACACCACUGCGACACCGAGCAACCGCCAGGAGGAAGAAGAUCAACUACAGCAAGCCAUAAACCUGUCUCUGAAUACCUCUGGCGUUCAAAGCCCACAUCCUUUUCCUCCACCCCCGCUACCGGUCCCACAGCAAUCGGGCGUCAUGAAUAGCAACGGGGAAUCAUCCGCCUACUUCGGGCCGGCCAACCGUCCAGACUAUGAUCAGGACCAGUGGGCCAUGGUGCCGUUGGGUAGACAGGACAGUGAUUCGGAUCCGUCGUUGCGGGCAAGGAAAAGCGGCGCGCCGGUCUUUCUGCGUUGCCGUAUUAAUUCAGAGUGGGAAAAACACCGCGUUGGAGGGUUGAUGAUGGUGUUCCACAAAAUCCCAGCCGUUCGCAACCUCAUACUACGGAUAGGAAUCACCCCCGACUAUGGCUAUGGGAACAAGGGCGAUUGGUGGCAGGGCGAGCCGAUUGGCGUCCCGCUGCAGCCCGAGUCUGACGGAUGGGCCGGCAAGAUUGUCCCGUCUUGGACGGACGAGAUUCACCGUUUGGUAGCCUUCCUGGAAUUGUCAGAGAGGGCAUACGGGACCGCCGACAUUCUUAUUCGCGCCAGAACCCCAACGAUUAGAGACAGUUGGGACGCGGAAAAGGAUUUGUUCGAGAACUUCACUGAGGCUAGUUUGGAAGGACCGGCCGUUCCGAAAAUAGAGACCCUCGUCUCUUCGGUCUCGAUUUUGAUGCUCGACACCCUCGAUGAGCAAGGCAACGACCGUUUCGCCCUACUCGAUUUACAUAUUCCCGAAACCUUUUACAUUGACCGGUACCUACAGGAGAACGGCUUGAAGCUCCAGAAGAUCCAAUUUGAGAUGGUGACUCUGUUGAAUGCUUACGAGGUCAACGUCGCCAAGGAACGACAACUCGCUCAAACAAACCUCGGCGAUGAUCGCAGGGCUGUUAUGGGCGCCGCGAUCCGUCGUCGUCUGGAAAGGGCCUCAAAGUUUAAGCAUGACACCUACUGGCGGACACAAGGGCAAACUCCCAUUGAAGUGGAAGGCGACUACUACCUGCCAGAUCAUGUUGGCGAGCUGGCCUUGUUGCCCGAAGAGGCGGAAAUUGCGGAUAUGUGCGAAGCUGAGAUCCGAGAGCUUGAGGGCAAGUUGGUUGAGAUGGACCGCAUCAUGAACGACGCGGUCCUCCCGGAGAGAAGGGCAAUUGACGAGGUCAACCUCGCGAUGGCAGCGCUUCUCACGGCUCCAUCCGCCGACGAAGAGUGGAACCCCAAGCAUAAGUACUCUCUUCGUGGAGUAAUCCCUGACCCAGAUACGGUUUAUCUGCGGAUGCGCGCACCAAUCGACGAAGCCGAGGUGGCCCCUACAAACGAUGCCCCAGCAGAUGGUGCCCCUGCAUGUGGUGCCUCUGGCGAUGGUGAAGAGGGGUGGUGGAGGACAACAUUCAAGCCGGAGGACAACACGGUUGAGCAUACGGCCGUAACCUACGAAGCAGUCCUCCGCGAAGCCUGCGGAACAGGCUGUAAACCUAUUGUGGUGUAUGCAAAUGACAAAGCGAUGCAGGAGGAGGACCUACCAAUUUCAGACGCCCUCAAAACCUUCAUUCGGCUCGACAACCGACACUUUAAACAGGAGGUAUCACAAGCUGGCCGACUCGGACACAAGCGGAGCGCCGGCGCGGAGAAUGGCUCCCAAUCCAAGCGUCUCCAACGCUCUUCUAGCAUCGGCUCGAUGGAUACUAAUCACGCCUCAGCGGGCGAUCUGGAAGAUGACGACAUGCGUGACGCCCCUUUCGACACCGACGCCGUGUUCGGCGCGACAGGUGCGCCGCAAGACGAUGCCAUCCCGGAUCUAGUCGAUAUCCCGCCCCUUUCGGGCACGCUAAACGCUCCGCCGUCGUACGAUAACUACGCCGAGGUGGAAGCCGCUAGUGUGUCCCCGGCUUUUGCGCAGGUCUCGCUGGGGGAUGCUAAUGGCAUCAGCAACGCCGGUAGCAGCAACAACGCCGGGAGCAGCCCGUUGCCUAAGGGGGGGCAAGAAAUGCAGGAGCGACCGAAUUCGCAGCUCUUUGGUCAGCUAGGCAACAACAAUACCAGCACUGGUGUUGACGAAGACGAGCCGCUGAUCGAUCUGAGCGAGCCUAUCGAUGUGGAUCCGAAAGUCCCUGCGGGCGGAGUUUAG